GGGGGCGCGGGCCGCGCCUGCGCUCUGCCGCCCUCCAUUGUCUACACGGCUGCGAGGAGCGCCGGCGAGCGCAGCCCGGGACCUAGCGGAGCGGGGCGGUGCGGCUGGCCGGCCGGCAGCAGCUGGAGCGAGAGCGCGACGUGACGCGACCGCGGCUUCCCGAGCUCCGCUUGGCCGCCCAGCGCCGCAGCCAGCCCAGGGCCUGGAGGGGUCCGGGUCGCCGUCCACAGUCGCGGCGUCCUCAGGCGGGGGACGCGCCCGGAGCCCCCAGCCCUCCUCGCCUCCUCCUUUCGGGCCGGCGGCCUCCUCCGGCGUCUCCCCGCGCCCGCCUGCCGCCUCCCUCCCUUCUUCCCUGCGGCUCCCUCUGCUUUCGGGAGCCCGGGGGCGGCCUGUGGCGUUCCGAGCCUGCGCCGGACUGCGCCUCUUUGGACCUUGAGGGGAAACAUGCGCUUGGCUUGGAUCGUUUUAAAUUCUUAGUUUGGGAUCCCCGCCCGCCUGCCUCUUCCGCCCCGCGGGUUUUCUUUUCUUUUUUCUUUUUUUCCCUCCCGAUCUCCUUUUUGACUCCCAACCCCUUUAUGCUCGCCCAACCCUCCCCCUGCUGCUGAGAAGAGGGGGAGGGCUUUGGCCUCCAGGUUCCCGCCCCAUCGGGGCUCGGGCGAGCAUGGGGGGCAAGCAGAGCACGGCGGCCCGCUCUCGGGCCCCCUUCCCGGGGGUCUCCACUGAUGACAGUGCUGUGCCCCCGCCAGGAGGGGCGCCCCACUUUGGGCACUACCGGGCGGGCGGCGGAGCCAUGGGGCUGCGCAGCCGCUCGGUCAGUUCGGUGGCGGGCAUGGGUAUGGACCCCAGCACGGCCGGGGGGGUGCCCUUUGGCCUCUACACACCCGCCUCCCGCGGGACCAGCGAUUCCGACCGGGCGCCGGGCGGUGGAGGGUCCGCGUCGGAAUCCACUUAUGCCCAAGGCAAUGGUUACCAGGAGACGGGCGGCGGUCACCAUAGAGACGGGAUGCUGUACCUAGGUUCCCGAGCCUCGCUGGCGGAUGCUCUACCUCUGCACAUCGCACCCAGGUGGUUCAGCUCGCACAGUGGUUUCAAGUGCCCCAUUUGCUCCAAGUCUGUGGCUUCCGAUGAGAUGGAAAUGCACUUUAUAAUGUGUCUGAGCAAACCUCGCCUCUCCUACAACGACGACGUGCUGACUAAAGACGCGGGUGAGUGUGUGAUCUGCCUGGAGGAGCUGCUUCAGGGGGACACGAUAGCCAGGCUGCCCUGCCUGUGCAUUUAUCACAAAAGCUGCAUAGACUCGUGGUUCGAAGUGAACAGAUCCUGUCCGGAGCACCCUGCGGACUGACCCUGCUGGGCUUGCUUGCCGACUCCUCUCAGAGGGACAGCCAGCCUUGUUCCUGAGCGGAGGCCGCGGACACUGGGGCAGAGCUGAGCUGGGGACACCAGUGGGAACGGGGCACCCCUACCGCACUGACUUCCAGAGGAUGGUUCUCCCUUUCUCCCUGAGGAUACCGAAUUGGAUGAGCCACGAGUUGGAGAGAAGAACCGACCGCCAUCCUUCCCCUCACCCCUCGUCCCAGGAGGAAAAGGGCAUUUUCUUGUUCACCUUUGAAAGGCACUGUGGGCUGUCUCUAAAGUGUUUACAAAAAAAAAAUCAUAAAAAAAAGUCUAGUGUCGACUGGUGUUUUCCUCCGUGAUGUUUACAGAUCGCUGUCUGCCGCCCGCCAGCGCCCACUCGGUGACAGAGCAGGUCCCCAGGGGCGCGUUCUAGUGGCGCGGGAGCCCGCACGCACAGCCCCUGUGCCCGGCGCGCAUCAGUUCGGCCCUGUCCAUCACCGACCACUCUGCCCUGGUUUUCUUUGUCCAUUUUUCUGGCUUGGUUUUGCACUUUUCUCCCCUUGGGACCCCGAGAUUUUGACUUCAUUGCCAAAAAAACCCCACAAAAACCCGUGGAAGACCUCCCCCUCCAUUCCCGAGUCUUCUCCCUCCUUCCCUUCCUCCUGGUUCUGGUCAGUUCAGAGGACUUAAUAAUCACAA